CGCCGCCCCGCUCCGAGCCGCUCAACGGCGGGAAAGAGGCCGGGCCCGGCCCUCCCGGCGGCGCCCAGGGCGGCCCCGCUCCGCCCCGUCCCCCCCGCCGCCGCGCUCAACAUGGCCGCCGCGCUGGGAAGGCUCCUGCGGGCCGCGGUGCCCGCCGCCGGGAGGAGGCUGACGGCGCGGCCCUUGCCCUGCGCUCGCCGCCAGUUCAGCCUGGGCGCUCGGCUGCUUGCUCCCGCGGUCACGCAGCACGCCCCGUUUUUUAAGGGAACGGCGGUUGUUAACGGCGAGUUCAAGGAGCUGAGCCUCGAUGAUUUCAAGGGGAAGUACCUCGUCCUCUUCUUCUACCCCCUGGACUUCACCUUUGUCUGCCCCACAGAAAUUGUGGCUUUCAGCAACAAAGCAAAUGAAUUUAAUGAUGUGAAUUGUAAAGUGGUGGCAGUUUCUGUGGAUUCUCAUUUUUGUCAUCUGGCCUGGAUAAAUACCCCACGAAAGAGUGGCGGUUUGGGCAAAAUGAAUAUUCCGAUUCUGUCGGACCUCACAAAACAAAUCUCCCGUGAUUAUGGUGUGCUGCUAGAAGGACCUGGCAUAGCACUAAGAGGUCUCUUCAUCAUCGAUCCAAAUGGGAUCAUCAAGCAUCUAAGUAUCAAUGAUCUCCCCGUUGGUCGUAGUGUGGAAGAGACCCUCCGCUUGGUGAAAGCAUUCCAGUAUGUGGAAACACAUGGAGAGGUUUGCCCAGCAAACUGGACUCCAGACUCCCCUACAAUAAAACCAACCCCAGAAGCUUCUAAAGAAUAUUUUGAGAAAGUGCAUAAAUAAACAUGCAAAUAUGUGGGCAAAACUCUUUAGUUACCAUAAACUGAAGACAUUAGGAAAGCAGCUGUGAUUAUUAGAAAAAAUCAAAUCAAAGUUCUCAUUUUCUCAUGUUUAAGAAGAAAUUAAAUGCUGAAAUACUUACUGACUGCCUUGUCUUGUUUUACAAAGAAGGGUAAAAAUUAAGGCCUUUCCCCCUGCCACCUUUUUUUGUGGUUUGGGGUUUUUUUUUCCCAAUUUGAUGUCAUGAAUUUCUGUGACGACUAUUCUUUCUGAAUACAACAAGUACACAAAAUACAGUUGUCUUCCCCUGGGUUUUUCCUCUUUCCCUAACUAGUUUUGGACCAGAAAGUUCCCGUUUUCUUUUCCCACAUGAAAAAUUAAAUUUGGUAACAGAAGUUUGAAACAAUGGGGACAAUGCAGAAAAUAAAGAGUUUUGAUACAUGGUUUGUUUUCAAUGAAUUUCCCAAAGGAAGAGAUGAAUGUAACAAGUAAAAAAUAAAAAAUUUCCCUGGUUUUGUGUGUAAAUGCACUGUAACUUGAAUGUAAAUACAUGCCAUUUUAAUCCAGCAUAUAGUCAAAGAUUCAGUGCAGCUAUAUAUACAGGAGCGUUAAAGAACUUUCCUUGUGAAUGGAGCUUAAGGACAAGCCUUCGUCAUUGAAAGCAUUGCUUAUUUGCUUUGAUCUGUCUGUUGUACUGCUUGAAAACCAUGUAGCAUAUCUCUAGCUAUAAUAAAAGAUCUUACCAUUGACCAGCA